UAAAAGCUUAAUAAAAGUAGAGCUGAUGUGCUAAAUUGCGCAGUUAACAUUGCUGACGCUAGGUGGCAGUAUGUUACUGCCGUAUUCUUUACCCUACAUAUUUGGUUUAGUGAGGAAGACGCCGUUGUAAACCGGGCUCUCACAUCACUAGCAUUAUGUCAUUUAGCGACAACUUCAAAACACAAUGAGGUAUUAAAAGCACUUUUGGUGCAACGUUUUAAGUUGCUUUGGAUUCAAUUUUCACCUCCGACACAACUCUGUGUUCUCGAAAGUUGCCACCGGUCCACGUAAAGCUGUGAGUUAGCCGUGUUAGUUGUUGUUAGCACAAAUAGCAGUGAAUUGACUUGCUCAUGUUAUUAAAGUCUGAUCCAAGAAGAAGACGCUAUUGCGAUGUUCUGAACCCCGCUAGCUCGCCAAAUCACUCACGGCCUGUGACUGACAUUCAUCGAAUCUUACUUAUGUAUUCUUUAAAAUAAUUUUAAAAGAAUUUUGUUACAAGUAAAGCAUCCGAACAUAUGACGUGACGUCACCCGCAGUGACACUUGGUCGAGAUGAAUCGUCAAAAGCCAACAACCCUGCGGCGCCCCAGUGCUGCAAAAACAUCAGGCCAUCCCCCACCCGGCGACUUCAUCGCUUUGGGUUCAAAGAGCCAAGGUGGCGAGUCUAAAGCCCCCGCUGUCCUCUUGAAGCCGGCCGCCGCCGUUCUACCUACUGACCGCAAGAGAGAGACCUCCUCCACCCUCCCGUCAUCAUCGGGCCUGUCCAGCCUCGCCAAGCGGCCCAAGCUUUCCACCACGCCCCCAAUCAGUGCCCUGGGACGCCUGGCGGAUGUUGCGGCUGCGGACAAGAGGGCAAUAUCACCUUCCAUUAAAGAACCAUCCGUUAUUCCUAUUGAAGUGUCACCGGCAUUGCUGUUGGACGACAUCGAAUUGGCCGAGUCGGAGGGCAACGACGAGCGCAUCGAGGGGCUGCUGUGCGGCGCGGUCAAGCAGCUCAAGAUGAAUCGAGCCAAGCCGGACAUCACGUUAUAUCUCAGCCUCAUGUUCCUGGCCAAGAUCAAACCCAACGUGUUUGCGACGGAAGGAAUCAUUGAGGCCCUGUGCAGCCUUUUGCGUCGAGACGCCUCCAUUAAUUUCAAAGCAAAGGGAAACUCCCUGGUGUCCGUUCUGGCCUGCAAUCUACUGAUGGCCGCCUACGAAGAGGAUGAGAACUGGCCAGAGAUUUUUGUCAAAGUGUACCUCGAAGACUCCUUGGGAGAGAGAAUCUGGGUGGACAGCUGUCACUGCAAGAACUUUGUGGACAACAUUCAAACGGCUUUCUGCACCAAGAUGCCCCCAAAGAGCAUGCUGCUGCAGACCGACACAGGAAGAGCGGCUGGAGAUCUCAGUGCCAGUAGCAGCCCUCAUCCCUCAACUCCCGACGAGGACGACAGCCGGGCGGAAUUGCUGAUAGCCGAGGAGAAACUCAGCCCCGAGGAUGAAGGCCAGCUUAUGCCAAGGUAUGAGGAACUAGCGGAGAGCGUCGAGGACUACGUGCUGGACGUGUUGCGCGAUCAGCUGAACCGCCGGCAGCCCAUGGACAACGUGUCACGGAAUCUGCUGCGGCUGCUGACUGCUACGUGCGGAUACAAAGAGGCUCGGCUAAUGGCCGUGCAGAGGCUUGAAAUGUGGCUGCAGAACCCCAAGUUGACUCGGCCGGCGCAAGACCUCCUCAUGUCGCUGUGUAUGAACUGCAACACGCACGGAGCGGACGACAUGGAGGUGAUCUCCAACCUGAUCAAAAUCCGCCUCAAGCCCAAAGUGCUCCUCAACCACUACAUGCUCUGCGUCAGGGAGUUGCUCAACGCACACAGAGACAACCUGGCCACCAUGGUCAAGCUGGUCAUCUUCAACGAACUCUCCAACGCCAGGAACCCCAACAACAUGCAGGUUCUUCACACGUUGCUGCAACACAGCCCAGAGCAAGCGCCAAAGUUCUUGGCGAUGGUCUUCCAGGACCUGCUCACCAAUAAGGACGACUACCUGCGCGCCUCACGAGCCCUGCUGAGGGAGAUCAUCAAGCAGACCAAACACGAAAUCAAUUUCCAGUCUUUUUGCUUCGGUUUGAUGCAGGAAAGGAAGGAAGCCACCUACGUGGACAUGGAGUUCAAAGAGCGCUUUGUCAUCCAGGUGACAGAUUUGCUCACCGUCUCCAUGAUGUUGGGCAUCACAGCUCAGGUCAAAGAAGCUGGCAUUGCGUGGGACAAAGGAGAGAAAAAGAACCUGGAGGUCCUGAGGUCCUUCCAGAAUCAGAUCGCCUCCAUCCAGCGGGACGCCGUGUGGUGGCUUCACACGGUGGUUCCCACCAUCAGCAAAGUGGGCGCCAAAGAUUACGUGCACUGCCUUCACAAAGUGCUUUUCACGGAGCAACCCGAGACCUACUACAAGUGGGACAACUGGCCGCCAGAGAGCGACAGGAACUUUUUCCUGCGGCUCUGCUCCGAGGUGCCCCUGCUGGAGGACACGCUGAUGCGGAUCCUUGUGAUCGGACUGUCUCGAGAUCUGCCGCUCGGCCCGGCCGACGCCAUGGAGCUCGCCGACCACCUGGUCAAGAGGGCUGCUGGCGCUCAGUCCGACGGUGAGCCAUUAUGGAUAAGAAGGAAACGUAUCGUGUGCUAUUAUUUUUUUUCCUCUUACCCAGCAGAUCUGGAGGUUUUGGUGGUGGAGCGGAUCCAGCUCAUUGACGCCGUGCUCAAUCUGUGCACAUACCAUCACCCGGAGAACAUCCAGCUUCCUGCAGGAUACCAGCCGCCAAAUUUGGCAAUCUCCACCCUUUAUUGGAAAGCGUGGCUUCUACUGCUUGUGGUCGCUGCGUUCAAUCCACAGAAAAUAGGUUUGACUGCUUGGGAUGGUUACCCUACCCUGAAAAUGCUCAUGGAGAUGGUUAUGACCAACAACUACACGUACCCGCCUUGCACGGUGGCGGACGACGAGACCAAGACGGAAAUGAUCGGUCGCGAGCUGCAGAUCUCGCAGCGGGAGAAGCAGGAGAUCCUGGCCUUCGAGAGCCACUUGGCCGCCGCGUCCACAAAGCAGACCAUCACAGAGAACAACAGCCUGCUGCUCUCCCAGCUCACCAGUUUGGACCCGCAGGGUCCACCUCGUCGACCUCCGCCUCAGGUGCAGGACCAAGUGAAGACCCUCAACCAGUCCCUACGCCUCGGCCAUCUUCUCUGCCGCAGCCGCAACCCGGACUUCUUGCUCAACAUCAUACAACGACAGGCUUCCUCCCAGUCCAUGCCCUGGUUGGCCGAUCUGGUCCAGUCCAGCGAGGGGUCAUUAGAUGUGCUCCCCGUGCAGUGCCUGUGUGAAUUUCUGCUGCACGACGCCGCGGACGACAACAUGCAUCUUGACGACGACGAAGGAGGCAGCAAAGAACAGAAAGCCAAGAGAAGACAAAGGCAGCAAAAACAAAGGCAGCUCCUCGGACGGCUUCAGGAUCUUUUGUUGGGUCCCAAAGCCGACGAGCAGACGACGUGCGAAGUUCUGGAUUACUUCCUGCGUCGUCUCAGCUCCUCUCAGGUGGCUUCGAGAGUCCUGGCAAUGAAGGGCUUGUCACUGGUGCUAACCGAAGGAGGCCUGAAGGACGGCGAAGAAAGGGACCAGCCCAUGGAGGAGGACUCGGGCGACGCCGAGCUCCUGCCGGGGUACCAGUGGUUGCUGCAGGACCUCCCCAAGCUCCCCAUGUUCGACAGCGUCCGUGGCAUGACAUCCACCGCCCUGCAGCAGGCCAUACACAUGGAGACUGAUCCUCAGACCAUCAGCGCUUAUCUCAUCUACCUGUCCCAGUAUGCACCAGUGGAGGAGCAAGCUUCUCACAAUGACCUGGCUUUGGAUGUGGCCCGGCUGAUCGUGGAGCGCUCCACCAUCAUGAACAACCUCUUCUCCAAGCAUUCCUGCCGACCCGAGUCAGAGGCGGUCCUCGGCGCGUUCCUCUCCAUCUUCUCCGCCUACAUCAGGAGGAUGAGGAAGACCAAAGAUGGAGAGGAUCUGUACAGCUGGUCGGAGUCUCAAGAUCAGGUGUUUUUGCGCUGGACUACAGGAGAGACGGCCACUAUGCACAUUCUUGUCGUCCACGCCAUGGUCAUCCUUCUUACUCUGGGCCCACCUAAAGGAGAGAGUGACUUCUACAGUCUUUUGGACAUUUGGUUCCCUGACAAGAAACCGUUGCCAACUGCCUUCUUGGUGGACACUUCAGAGGAGGCCUUGCUGCUGCCUGAUUGGUUGAAACUGAGAAUGAUUCGAUCCGAAGUGCCUCGAUUGGUGGACGCAGCUUUGCAAGAUCUGGAGCCUGAGCAACUGCUGCUGUUCGUGCAGUCGUUUGGAAUUCCCGUCUCAAGUAUGAGUAAACUGCUGCAGUACUUGGACCAGGCUGUCACUGUGGAACCGCGAGCAUUGGAGCAGAACAUUAUGGACAAGGACUACAUGGCUCACUUGGUGGAGGUGCAGCAUGAGCGAGGUGCCACCGGGGGCCACGCCUUCCACAGAUUGCUCAGCUCCUUUCUUCCACCUCAGAGAGAUGCUGCCGAAACAAGUAAAGCCAAAGUCACAGUGGAAACUCCCCACGGCUCCGUUAAGAUGAGGGCGGCUGCACAGCUUCCGACUGUCGGGCCUGAUGAGGACCUGCCAGGCUUGAUGCUGCGGAUCUUCCCGUUGAAGGCAGAGGCACGCUGGAGCGGCCCGCCCCCCAGCCAGCUCUCGCUGGCCUUGCAGCAGGCUCUGGCCAAAGAGCUGAUGCGGGCCAAGCAGGGUCAGCUUCAGCAAGCCGGGCUGGCUCUGCGUCUCCUUCAGGGUAUCGCCGCCCUGCUCACCUCGACCCACGCCGGGCCCAUCGUUCUCGCCAUGCACCACAACCACUCCCUGGCCUGCCCUCUCAUGCGCCAGCUUCACCUUUACCAGCGCCUCGUGCCGCAGGAUCUUUCCUUCGCUUCCUUAUUUCUCAAAGUCAACGUCGAGAUGCUCAUCUGGCUUGAAAAUCCCUCGGUGGAGGCGGGCCCGCUGAAGACUCUGCUCAAGUCGUUUAUUGGUCAAAACUCUCACACACACCGGCACAACGAUGUACGCUCGAGCUUUAUCCACCUGGCCGAGGCGUUGAUGUAUCAUAGCGACGCAGAGGUGCCGGUGAGAGCCGUCAUAGCAAUGCUGAAGGCCGGAGAGAGAUGUAACGCAGAGGCGGAGCUCAUUGGGAAAGUUUUACAAGGGCUGAUGGAGGCCAAGUCUCCAUAUUUGGAGGAGCUGUUGUCUCUGUUGAUGACGGUCAGCACCCAGAACGGGACAGCCGGCCCCGUUGCCAUGGUUAUUUCUCUGCUAUUGCAGGAAAGCGAGGAGCAAGUCGUGAAGAAGGAACCGGACACAAAUGGCUCCGAGGUGACAAAGUCCGGCCUGAACUCGGGUCUACUGGUGGAUUGGAUGGAGUAUCUGGACCCCGAGGUCACGUCCGUGUGUCCCGACCUUCAGCAGAAACUCUUAUUUGCCCUCAACAAGGCGCGAGGCACUCCGGCCUACAGGCCGUACCUUCUGGCCCUGCUCACGCAUCAGUCCAACUGGUCCACGCUGCUGCAGUGUAUCAGCGCUCUGCUCAGCAAGCGGAAAGACUACAAACUGGACCCGACGUCGGCUCUGGACUUCCUGUGGGCGUGCAGCCACAUCCCACGCAUCUGGCAAGGACGCGACCAAAAGAUCCCUCAAAAAAAAACCGAGAAGUUUGUGAUGCGGCUCACUUCCGAGGAGCUCAUCAGCCUGGUGGAUCUGAUUCUGGCCGAGUCGGAGCUCAACUGUCGCAGCGAGAGCAGCGUGGAGGAAGAGGCGUCCUGCUCUCUCGUCCAGGCCCGGCUGCCGCUCCUUCACUCCUACUGCAACGGACAUCCGGACAACAUCAAAAAGGUGGCAGAGUACCUCAUCAGCUGCACCAAGAAGUGGGAGGACAGUGCCAUGAGUAAGCGUUGCCAGAACUUGUUACUGCAAAUUUACCUCCACUUUCCCGAGGUCAUCCGGCACGUGGCCUUGCCCGAGGGCACGCUUUGCAGGGGGGGGACGGCAGACGGCAGCAGCUGCAAGCUCGACACGCUGGUCCACCGCUUGGUCACGUUGCUCGCCGAUGUAGCGGAAACAAAGUCGGCCGAAGGACGCGUCUCUGAUGCCAAUCUCGCGUGUAGGAAACUGGCCGUGUCACAUCCUGUCCUCUUGCUCAGGCACCUGCCCAUGAUCGCAGGCCUCCUUCACGGCCGCAUCCACCUUAACUUUCGCGAGUUCCGGCAGCAGAACCACAUGAUGUUCUUCAGCAACGUGCUGGCCAUCCUGGAGCUCCUGCAGCCCCUCGUUUUCCACAGUGACCACCAGAGGGCGCUUCAAGACUGCCUUCUGUCCUUCAUGAAGGUCCUUAAGAACUUUCAGAGGAGUCGAUCCCCACUGGUCUUCAUCAACAAGUUCCUCCAGUUCACACAAAAGUAUAUUACCCAUGAUGCAGCGGCUGCCAUCCCAUACCUGCAGAAGCACUCUGAUAUAUUGCAGAGCAUGAGUGCUGAAAACCCAGAUUUGGUCCAGCUGAAGUCUCUUUUAGCCGGACUCACUCUUCCCGUAAAAAGCUCCUCCACAGAGGUCUUCGCAGAAGACGGCGAUGAUGAGACAGCGGCCGGUUCCCUCCCUCUGGUCAACAUCUCGGCCUCGGUUCCGCUGAGCGGCGCUGACAUGACCACGUAUCUGCGCAAGAUUUCCAGAGGAGAGGCCAUGGAAGACGUGUUGGAAGUGUUGACGGAGGUGGAUGAGAAGUCGAGGAGAAGCCCGGAGAUCAUCCAAUACUUUGUUAAUGACCUACAGCGACUCAUGACGUCAUCGGAGGAGAUAUGUCGCAACAUGGCAUUCAGUCUGGCGCUUCGCUGCAUCCAGAACAAUCCCCGCCUGGCAACCGACUUCCUGCCGACGUUCAUGUACUGCAUGGGCAGCGGCGACUUUGACGUAGUGCAGACGGCGUUGAGGAAUCUUCCGGAAUACGUGCUGCUCUGCCAAGAACACGCAGACAUCUUGCUCCACAAAGCGUUCUUAGUGGGUGUCUACGGACAAAUCGACACCAGUUCGAUGAUUUCAGAGUCCAUGAAGGUCCUUCAUAUGGAAGCCAUUUAACUUAAUAUCAUUGUUGUCUCACAGAAAAUCAUGCAUCAGCAUUUUAAUGGACAAUUUGUAGUUGGGACACAUUUUUUUAUUUUGAGCUUUCACUUCCAUUUUAGUUGAGACUAAAACUAACACAACCAUUGAGACUUGUCGAUAAAAUCAACUCUUGUAAUUUCAAAGUCUAAAUUUGAAAGGCCAACAUUGCUUGACUUUUAAAUGAGGGACCACAAAGCUUCUGUAUUCUGGAUACAAGUCUUUGUCUCCACGCCGCAAUGCUUUCCUGUCACCUAAAAAACAUUUCCUGAGCACCCCUGGUGAAUUAAAAAAGAAAGAUAAA